AUAUCCAGUGACUUCAAGGAACUCUGGGUAAAACUAAAAGAAUAUCAUGAUAAGGAAGUACAAGGUUUACAAAUCAAAGUAACCAAACUGAAAAAGGAACGAAUUUUAGAUGCACAGAGACUUGAAGAAUUCUUCACCAAAAAUCAACAGCUGAGAGACCAGCAAAAAGUCCUUCAGGAAACUAUUAAAAUUUUAGAAGAUAGGUUAAGAGCAGGAUUGUGUGAUCGCUGUGCAGUAACUGAAGAACAUAUGCACAAAAAACAGCAGGAGUUUGAAAACAUCCGACAGCAGAAUCUUAAGCUUAUUACAGAGCUGAUGAAUGAAAAGAAUGCUCUUCAGGAAGAGAACAAAAAGCUUUCUGAGCGACUGCAGCAACAAAUGGAGAGUGAUCAACAGGAUCAAGUAGCUGAGCUUGAAUGUGAGGAAAACAUUAUUCCAGACUCACCAGUAACAUCCUUUUCCUUUUCUGGCAUUAACCGGCUACGAAGAAAGGAGAAUCUCCAUGUCCGAUAUGUAGAACAAACACACACUAAAUUGGAGCGCUCUGUGUGUACAAGUGAAUUAAGAAACAUUUCUCAGGGUUCAGCUCCUGCACCAGGUAACUCUGAAGAACAUGAGAUUCUAGUAGCAGACACUUGUGAUCAGAACCACUCACCACUGUCUAAAAUAUAUGGAACAAGCAGUUACCCCACUGAUAAGUCACCACCGUUUAAUUUAGAUACUGUUGUUGCUGAGACACUUGGACUUAAUGGUCAAGAAGAAUCUGAACCCCAAGGUCCUAUGAGCCCUCUUGGAAAUGAGCUUUACCACUGCCUCAAAGAAGAUCGCAAAAAACAAACUUUUGUGGAGUCUGCAAGAAGUAACGAAGAUAGCUUAAGAUUUUCAGACUCUGCUUCAAAGACACCACCCCAAGAAUUUACUACUCGGGUAUCAUCUCCAAUAGUCUUCAGAACACCUCCGUGUUCACAGGAAAGUUUGGAGACAGAGAAUCUUUUUGAUGAUGUGAAGGGUACUGGUUCUCUUCUGCCAACCAAAGUAAAAAGCAGAUCAGUCCACGGAGGAUGCGAGCUUGCAUCAGUUCUUCAGUUGAAUCCCUGUAGAGUUGCUAAAACAAAGUCUCUGCCAAGCAACCAAGAUAUGUCCUUUGAAAAUAUCCAGUGGAGUGUAGAUCCAGGAGCAGACCUUUCUCAGUAUAAAAUGGAUGUUACUGUAAUAGAUACAAAGGAUAGCAGACACUCACGGUUAGGAGGAGAAACAGUGGACAUGGACUGCACACUGGUCAGUGAAACCGUGCUCUUAAAAAUGAAGAAACAAGAGCAAAAAGAAAAAAGUCCAAGUGGAGACAUAAAAAUGAAUGAUAGCUUGGAAGAUAUGUUUGAUCGGACAACACACGAAGAAUAUGAAUCAUGUUUGGCAGAAAGCUUCUCCCGGAUGCCAGAUGAGGAAGAGCUGUCUGCCACCACAAAGAAACCAAACCUACACAGUGAUAAACAAGAUGGAGUCAAACAGAAAGCAUUUGUGGAGCCAUAUUUUAAAGAUAAGGAGAGAGAAACUAGCAUACAGAAUUUUCCUCAUAUUGAGGUAGUUCGGAAAAAAGAAGAGAGAAGGAAAUUGCUUGGGCACACAUGUAAAGAAUGUGAAAUUUAUUAUGCAGAUUUGCCAGCAGAAGAAAGAGAAAAGAAGUUGGCCUCCUGCUCAAGACACCGAUUUCGCUACAUUCCACCCAGCACACCAGAGAACUUCUGGGAAGUUGGCUUUCCUUCUACUCAGACUUGUCUGGAAAGGGGUUAUAUCAAGGAAGAUCUUGAUCUUAGUCCUCGUCCAAAAAGACGGCAGCCUUACAAUGCAGUAUUCUCUCCAAAAGGCAAAGAACAGAGGACCUAGACGCUGGAGAGAAAGCAGGAGAGCAGAUCUUUUUGUGUUUCAUUUAGUUAUUUAUAGUAAAGUUGGAAUAAACAUUGAUCUUGGAUUUUUUUUGAUCUUCUAUAAAAUGAUUUAUAAAUGUUUUCUAUUAAAAAUGUUUUAAAUAGCAUAUACCAACCAUACAAAUAACUAAAAUGUGGAUGUGUUAUGUUUUUUUUUUUCUUUUGCACCUGUAAGCAAUAGGGUGUUUCAUUUUGCACUCUAAAUUUAGGGUUAUUUACUUUAUUUGGUAAUUAUCGCUUUUGAAAUACAGCUAUGGUAGCCUAUAAUUUAUUCUGUAUGGCUCUUCUUCAUCUGUUUCCUUUGGUGUUUAUCUGCGGAAGGGCCCUCACGGUAAUCUUUUACUCAUUCACCUGUAGAUCAUACCAGUUUUUGACAUGCAAGUAUUUGUUUUUUAAAGGGAUGGGAGCUAACUUUUCAAUAUAGUCCU